UCUUACGAAUCUUCUUUACCAUUAUCUCAUAUACCUCCCUUCUCCUUUCUCCUUGUUAUCCCUAUGGUCCGGCGUUUUUCAAACCUCGACAGCUAGCUCUGUCCGCGCACUAUCAUAGAUGCUCCCCUUUCUUUGUUAUAGUCCACUUCUUCCUGGCUGGACCGUUUACGAUUUUUUUCCCUUUACCUUUAUUUUAUUUUUUUUUAUUUUUUUUUUCCUUCCAAAUUUCUGGCCGAUGCACUUUCAGUUUAUAUACGGUCUUACUAAAAAGAGAAAAAGGCAGAGCCUUUUAUCCUGGAUUUUCCCCACAUGUCUGGAACUUAUAUCUACAAUUUCAAUCAAUAGAAUAGACCAAAUAUUUUUGCCCGUGCUUGUUUGCCGUACAUGUCUUAUCGGAAACUCAUCUAUAGAUUAUAUCGUAUGUCACGUCUACAAGCUUUCAGCCUAGACAGAGAAGAAACAAAAAAGUAGGCUCAAACUAUCACAGUCA